AUGUCACCUACGCCUGCCCCGUCUGCUGGUGACCCACAAUACAAUACCACCAAUGACCCUGGGCUACGUGAUGUGGGUAUCUUGACUGGAGCUGGAUUCUACGAUAUCACAUUCAACGCGGCGCGGAAUUGGGAGACGGUUUUGGCUGCAGAGAACAUACCUUACUUGAGUCACUACUCGAUGAGCGGUGCCCAUCAAUGGAGCACUUGGCAAGAGAUUAUUUACAUUUAUUUAAGGAAAGCGCUUUGGCAACCUGUUCCGUAUGGCCGGAACACAGACUUCAACCAGGUUGAUCCGCUGAGUGGCGGUUUUCCGUAUCGCAGGUGA